AUGUUUCGUCUACUCACUGAUGAGGAGACACAGGAUUUAAAAUGGGAGCUUCACUCAGAGCUGCCAGGAUCAGCAAAAAUCUAUUAUGUAUUGUGCAAUCACCUGGAUGGCUUACUAGCUGGCUUUGAAGCCAUUGUGGAUCAGUGGCCAAAUUGGACGAGUGUAAUUCUUCGACCACAGACCCAAGACUCUGUCCCGCAUUAUUUCCGGCAUUACUAUUUAUGUCACACCCGCAGUACAACAGACUUCAAGUUUUUUAUUCAGAGGCCAUGUGUAGUAGAUUGGACAAAGCCAGUGAUAUUUACAGGUAUUCCCUAUGAUUUGGUUGGAGUUAUACAAGAGAAAAGUAGAAAGGAACAAGGGGAGGUAACAUCAGUGGAACAUAGAUUCAUGUAUGCAUGGCUGAAAGAGGAGUUCCCUGAACCUGAAGUAGUCCCUGAAGAUCUGGAACUGACCGUUUUACAAGAAGACCAUGCAGAAGAUAUAUGUAAUCACUGGAAACAUUACCGUACCAACGAUGGUCUGGUGGACUACUUUCGCCAGGUGAUCAAACACUUUGACAGCAGUGCUAUUGUCACCACAGAGGGUCGACUGGUAGCGUAUAUAUGCAUGCAGUACAACGGCUCAAUGGCUAACCUUUUUGUUGAUCCAGAGUUUCACAGUGCUAACCUGGGGGUCAUCCUGCUGAAGGACCUGACUCGAAAGCUCCUUGUCAAGCACCAGACAGCUUAUGGUUUUAUAAAGACAAAAGAUUCUUCGUUCAUAUCUACAUGCCAGAAUAUUGGGUUCUCAUGGGUGGCACAAGGCAGUAUGUCCUGGGUCCAUUUUCGGCCCUUUAGUCUAAAACCCGGUUCUGGGGUUCCAAGAGUCCCUUCUGCUAGUAUUUUCUCCGAAACGACCGGAGAGGAGAGAAACAUAGAAGAGCUCAAAGAUUUGCAUCUCAAUGCUUUGCCAUUAUCUUGUAAUGAAUGUUCAGGCAUUCCUGUAGCAAACAAAACAGUCUGUGUGCAUGUGAGCACUAGUUGA